AUGAAGUUCACGCUCGCUGCACUCCUCGCCCUCGCGGCCGGCACGUUCGCGCAGGACCCGGUCAACAUCGAAUUCGUUGCCUCCAAUGGCGCCAGUCGUGGAAGGUUUGCCAUUCCCCCAAAUCUCAGACGUAUCAAUACUCCCGCCGUCGAGAACAGAGCUUUGGGACAGAGCGGCGACAUCUCUGCGCUCAGGAUUCAAAUCGGCGCAGGUUUCUGCACCGUCAGGGGCCUGAACCGCGCUGGAAGAGCUGUUACUGCUCGCAACACUGGGAACAAUCCGGACGACUUCUUUAUCGACUUGGCUCAAUUCGAUUUCGUGAGGGUUCAGACGACUUGCUGUGACCUGAGUGAUAAGCAGUGUUAA